CCUCUAUUCCUUUUGGUUUUCACAGUAGAUAUUGUUUGAUUUCUUGCAUUGGCACAAAAUGUGACUAUUGUUUGAUUGUGUGGUCCUUUCAUAAAAGGUGGAGUCUGAUUGGUGUGCAGGGGGCUACGUAGAUUGUUUGAGCAAGGGCUGGUUAAACAUUAUCAUGUGGAGAGUGCUCCAACAUGGUGGCUGAGUAUAAAGCUUUAUUGGAUGGUUUACAACUUAUUUUUGCUUAUGGGUUGUUUGGUUAUAGCUUUGUAAUUGAAUGUGACUCCCUGGUGCUGGUCAAUUCUGGUAUGGGUGCUUGUGAUUGCCCAUGGACCUGUUUGGGUUAUCUGAGGCAGAUCAGAUGUCUUCUGAAACAGCUGCAGCAUCGAUUGGUUCAUGUUUAUAGGGAAGCUAAUUCAGUUGCCGAUAGGUUAGCUGCUCAAGCUGUGAUGAGUGGAUGGUCUUCUAAUUUUACGCGCGGGUUCGACUGUCUUGUGAGGUUGGGGUUACUUUGUUGAAUGACCAGCUUGGCAUGCCUCUUCUGUGAAAGAAGAGAAGACUUGUUUUUUAUGACAAAGGUUAAUUUGGCCUUGAAAAGUUUGUUUGAAAUCUCUGGAAAGGUUGCUGGCAGUGAUGAAGAGGAUGACUGGGAGCAGCUGGUUUUUGUUUCGAGAAUUUUGAUUGUUAGUAUGGUUUUUGUUGUUUUGUUUUUGGUAGCCGGAUGUGCCUUUUUGGUUGUUUUAUAAGGUGUUUGUGCCUUAUCUUUGUUUCUUGUAA